AUGGCGCCACCCGCAGCUACGAUCGAUGUGGAGGUCUUGCCUGAAUCCGACACCUCGACCUUCACCAUUCCCGACCGCUUGACGAUUCAGAGCGUGGCCAAACGCCGCGCCGCGUCCGGGAAGUUGAUUGCCGGGGUCGCUGCGCCUGCGGACUUGGACCAAUUCAAGGGCAGGACGAGCCACAGGCACAAGCCGGAUGCGAAGCGAUGGGAUCAUCGUUUGACCCCUGAGACUUUGAACAGAGGUGGCAGCUCGCUGAAGGCUGCCGCGGCAUACCUCAAGACUCCGGGAUUGAUCUCGCUUGGUGGUGGACUGCCAUCGAGCGAGUACUUCCCUUUCCAUGAGAUUGAUGUGAAGGUGCCACUCCUGGGCCAUUGUGCCCAGGGGGAAGAAGGCAGCGAAGUGCUCCGUGCUGGAAUGCACGACAUGGCCGAGGGGAAGUCGGCCUUUGAUAUCGCCACGGCUGCUCAGUACGGCCAAGGACAUGGAGCCGCUCAAUUCUUGAGAUGGAUUGUAGAGCACACUGAGAUUGUGCACAACCCUCCUUACCAGGACUGGAGCUGCACCAUGACCGUGGGAUCGACUUGCGCUUGGGACUUUGCACUCAGGAUGUUGUGCCAGCCUGGCGAUUGGAUCUUGAGUGAACAAUAUACGUUUCCUGCGGCUGUCGAGACGGCUGCUCCGUUGGGUGUCAAGGUUGCUGGCGUUGCCAUGGAUGAGAACGGCAUGCUCGCGUCGUCGCUGGACCAUGUUCUGACUAACUGGGACGAGAAGGUCAGAGGUGGGCCGAAGCCUUUUGUGUUGUACACUGUUCCUACUGGGCAGAAUCCGACGGGCUCUACGCAGCCUAUUGAGCGGAGAAGGGAGAUCUAUGGGGUCUGUCAGAAGCAUGAUCUUUACAUCUUCGAAGAUGAACCAUACUACUUCCUGCAGAUGCAACCUUACAAGGGCCCAGAUGCCUCGCCUAUCCCACCACCAGCCUCUCACGAGGAGUUCCUCAACUCCAUCGUCCCCUCCUUCCUCUCAAUCGACGUGGACGGCCGUGUUAUGCGAUCUGACUCCUUCUCCAAGGUCAUCGCACCAGGCUCUCGUGUCGGUUGGAUCACUGCCUCCGAGCAAAUGUGCGACCGUUUCCGCACGCACGCCGACGUCUGCACUCAAGGCCCAUCAGGCUUCAGCCAGCUGAUUCUCUUCAAACUUGUCGACGAAAUCUGGGGCCACUCCGGCUACCUCGACUGGCUGAUCCACAUGCGUCUGGAAUACACGCGCCGCCGCAACGUCAUGAUGGAGUCCUGCGAGCGCUACCUCCCCAAAGACAUCAUCAGCUGGGUCCCCCCAAUGGCCGGCAUGUUCCACUGGAUCCAAGUCGACUACACCCAGCACCCCAAGUGGAUCGACGGCAGCGUGACGAUGGACGAGCUCGAGGAGGAGAUCUUCCAAACCAUCAUCCGCCACGGCACCCUCCUCAUGAAGGGCUCGUGGUUCUGCGCCGAGAGGACCAAGCCGCGCAACACCAUGUUCUUCCGUGCGACUUAUGCGGCUGCUAAGUUUGAUCAGAUCGAUGAGGCGAUUUUCAGAUUGGGUAGUGCGAUUCGGGAUUCUUUUGGGCUGAGGAAGCAGAUUAAUGGGACGCAUACCAAUGGAACGAAUGGCGCCCACACGAAUACAACCCACACGAAUGAAACUCGCACGAAUGGGACCCACACGAAUGGCACCAACGGCACCAAUGGAGUCCACACCAAUGGUGUGCGCACCAACGGCGUGCACUGA